AUGCCGUGUUUCGCUAACGCAGUUCCAGUUUCACCAAAUAAUGCAUGCAGUGCAUCUAUUCAUUGCGGUGGUGGUUCGUUUUGUGUCCGUGGCAAAUGCCAAUGCCCUGUAGGUCAGCAAAGUGUCAACGGCUCUUGCCAGGUUUCUCUUUCAGUGGCACCUGUAAAGCCAUGUCCAACGAGGCUUGAGCGUUGUCUAGGGAAGGCGACAUGCAUCAAUGGUGUAUGCGAGUGUCCAUUUGGAAUGCUGCCAUCUCAGGAUGAUUGUGCUGCUCUUCAAGCGGUAACUGCUGGUUCUGCAUGCGGUCACAGAGCACGCUGCAAAGGCAUGUUUGAAACUAAUGGAGACUGCCUUGCUACCAAUGCCGUUGAUCCAGGAUCAAGUUGCAUUAACGGCGAAGUAUGUGCUGGUGGCAGCUAUUGCGAUGGAUCCAUGUGCAAAUGUCUGGCAAAUAUGGAGAAUCGGAACGGUGUUUGUGUAAGUCCACACUCUGCUAGCCCUGGUUCGACAUGCGAAAAUGGGCAGACUCUUUUUCUAUUUAAAGUUGACAUCGGUGGCGUAUGUAUACGGCCCGGCGCUGUGUGUCAGGGCGGCUCGGUGUGCGUGGCUGGCGUCUGUACUUGUCCUCCUAACACUAUACCUUUCCAGAAUCGAUGUGUUGAACACAAAACAGGUCUGUCAAUCAAAAUAGCACAUAAUUUUAUCAUCAAGACUUUUACGCAAGAGCGAAACUUCAGAAGCAUGAACUGA